AUGUAGAAGAUCUAUAUAACCUUUCAGUAUCCAUGCGUUAGUUCCUUUCUUCAAAUAUUUCAGCUGGGGCGUCGCCUGAGUGUAUCCCGUUAAUCAUAUCGUACCUUUUUAAUAGCCUUACUGCGUCCGCGAUAAUGUCGUAAAUAAUUUUGGGAUAUCCCAUGUGUGUCCCCAAUAUUAUUGCUAACAAUAUUUAUAUUUAUGGAUAAAAUGCAUAGAUAACUUUUAAUGUUACACUGUAGUCCAUACGUGGAAACAUACUAUUGUCUAUUCGUAACUGGUCUUUGUCCUUUGACAACCACGUGCAGUAGUGAUGUGUAUGCACUAUGCAGCUAAUAGUUUUAUGUGAAUAUAUUUAAAUAACAUUUUAUAUUAUUACAUAAUAUUCGUACUAUAUACUUGAGAGAUGUCGAAGUCGUUGGAAAAAAAUGAGUUUACGAAAUUAAAUUUAUGUCUUCACCCCAACAUUAUGUGAGCAGAUUUUGAAAAAUCCAUUCACAUGGGUGCAAAAAAUGUUUGGCCAGAUAUCAGUACAAAAGAUUGUGGGUUUCGUCUGAGAUAGACAUGGUACAGAAUUUUGGUUUAAGUAUUUAUUAUUAUGAUGAUGUACCAGAAAUAGGAUAGUUGUGAAAGAAUAUAUUUGGAUUAGGUACCCAUGCUAAAUGAAUGCCAUAUUAAAAUAAGUAUUACUGAUUAGUUUAUGUCAAUCAAACCUGAUGAUGAAUAACUAAAUGAGAUUAUGGAUUAUCUCACAGAAAACUAUAUUGAUCCACAGUCUGACUUCUCUCCUCACACAUGGGCAGAAAUGAGCAGUAUCAGUCAACGAACAACAAAUACAUGUGAAAGCUUAUAUUCUAAAUUUGAUUCAUGUUUUUACACACCUCAUCCAAACAUAAUAUAUUCCUUCUUUCUAAUUAGUGACCUUUUUAGUUUUUCUAUUGAGACGCACUCGGGAGUUGCCCUUUCAUCAGGUGUCAUGGCCGACAGCUGCUGAGCAUAUCUGAUUUUUCUACCAAUGUUUUUUAUUUUAUUUUUUUAUAGCGAUAGCAUUGGGGACAUGGGUGAGUCUCUCGGAGGUGUUAAGGGUGAAAUGAGCCUCUCUUCGGAUUCAAUGAAUAACUAUAAAAUAUAUUAAAUAUAUUCACAAGUGAUAUAAUUUAAAAAUUUACGUGCAUUUAAUAAUAUAUUAAAUUUAUGAAUUACCUCUCGUGUCACAUGGUUCAGCAAAGAUUCUGCUAGUUGUUUAGCUGCGAACAUUUGUAUUUGGUCGACCAAGUUUGGACAAGUUUUCUCCGUUCGAUUGUCUUGCGCGUUCUUAAAACGAAUGUUAUCAUUUCUUCUCGAUUUUUUGCCGGCGAUUGAAGGAGAUCAAAUUUAUUACGUAGGUAUGCCACAAACGUAUCAUCCUGCUCUAUAACUAAUGGAGCUGUGUAUAUUUCUUUACGCACGGUGGCUUCAAAAGUAGAAGAUUCUAAAUAUUGCAGUUGAAUAAGAUCAGCUCGAUUUAAGAGUACUCUGCAUCCGACAUCGGUUUUUGCUUCAAUUACAAGUACAUUUUCACCGCUGUAUAUCAUGCUAGAUAAUUUAUAAAAUUGGGUAUCCAAAAAUAUUAUACGCUUAUAUUUUUCGGGUUGUUCCAAUACGAAUGACAGAAUAUUUCCCAUCAGCGAAAAUAUGCUUCUUAAAAUAUCCGGUGAUAUAUUAACAUGCCGAGAUGAUGAUAAUAAAUGAAUAAUCGGUCGAUAAAACAUCAUAUAAAUAUCUUUAUCGGUUCUAUAAAGUUCAUCACUGUUGCAUAAACGUUGAACAAAUAUAUUAUUUAUUUACAACUUACCAGGGUCAUGGUAGUAUGGUAUAUUCAAAAAAUGAUAAAUCGGUCGUUAUUUGUUAUCAUCGUUUUUUGAUGAACAAUAAUAUCGUGAUAUGACUUUAUGAUAAAACACUGUCAUUAGUUCAAUAAAGUUAUAGAGUUCUUUCUAUUAUUUAUCGAACCAAAAUCGGGCCUUCAAUUUAUCGAACCGAUAACAACAUAUUUAUCGGAUCGUUAAAAGAUAAAAGUCGUUUAUGCAACAGAUAAUAUUUUUAUCGCACCGAUUUCUGUUUUAUCGAACCGAUAACUACUUAUCGAUCGUUUAUGCAACCCAGCAUUAAACUCACAAAAAAAAAUUUUCAGAGCGAGUGAAAUAUAUGCGUGUACGAUGGUUAAAGACAGUGGACGGACUAAAAGACUGUCAAGUAGCCGAGUCGGCGGGUUCUCUAUAAGUUGUUGAGGUGGUUUAUUACAGUGCGUUAGUACAAAUGUAUACCUACUAGCGCUAGAUGCGUUGACCACGACUUUUACAGUGCGCAUGCGCUACGCGAGGUGAGCUCUGGUGUAUAGAAAAGGUUAUGCUUGUGAUUUUAUAUUUUAUUUUCAAACUAUAUUUAUAAAUAUAAUUUUAACGAAAAAAAAUAUGAUAGCAUGAUAAGUAAUAUGAUAAGUGAUAACAGUCUUGGGCGGAUAUAUAAGUGAUUAGUGAUAAGGGAUCAGCGGAUAUAUAAAUGAUAAGUGAUAAGGGAUACACAUAUGAUAACAUGAUAAGGGAUCAGAGGAUCAGCUGAUACACAUAUGUUAAGUGAUAAGGGAUCAGCGGAUCAGCAAAUUCACAUAUAAUAAGUGAUAAGGGAUCAGUGGAUCAGCGGAUCAGCGGAUGCGCCUUCUGAACUGUCUAAAACAUACUACUAAUAAUAUAAUAAUGUGAAGCUACAUUACAAAAAAUUGGGUUUAUAUCUGAAAGUGGAUUUUAUAAUAUGAUGUUAACACUACAAUUCGAAAACUAUAACGAAUUUAUAAACUACGUUAAAAGUAUGGACAUCACUGGAACGGAAAAUAAGGGUUAUUUAAAUACAUUGUAUAGCCAAAUUUGUAGUAAAAAAUCACAUAUUGAGGGCUCAAUAUUUACUCCAAAAGAAUAUUGUGAUUAUGCAUUGUCAAAAGAAAAUGAUGAAUGUGAGCAACAGAUAAAAGACUUUAAAUAUGAAAGUGGUCGUACAGUAUUUAAGUAUUAUGAAAACAAUAAAUACAAAAAUCUAGUAACAUCAUAUGCUAUAACUUUGUUCGGAAAAGGAAAAUCUGUUUUCAAGAAAAUGCUUGAUAUGAUACAACUCAAGAAAUGUUCAAACUUUCCCGUACUCCAGAAAAUGACAGAAUAUGCACGUGAUUACUUCAUAUAUCAUACAAUUAUUUUUGAAGAAUAUUUUAAAGUCUUUAACGAGUUUGUUCCUUAUACAUUUUGCACUACAAAUGGAGAAGCCUGAAAAUCUUUCAAUAAAACGAAAUCAUUAAAAGUGGAGGAUUCAAUCGUUCGUUUUAAUACUAGUUAACUAUUUUGUAUGUACGAAUUUGUAAUUCAACAAUUCUAAGACCCACUUGUUUAUAUUAUAGUCUUAUAAGUACUCUUAGGUUACAAGUGCAAUUCGUCACUUUAAAAAUAUUUAUUUAAUUGUUUUCUGGAUACCUAAAUUUUAGUCAAAUUAAAUUGAUUUUACAUUUCUUGGAAACUCACGAAUAGCUUUUUUCACAUAUUUUAUACAUAAUAUGGCCGUUAAAACACUACUCGUUACAAAUAAAAAAUAAACUUUGAUUACAAUUUGAAUACAUUUUAUGAUUUUGCAAUUAUUUAGCUAAAUAAAUAGUCAUCAUAACAGGUGAGGAAA